GUAUUCAGUGUCUUGCGUGUAGUACAAUUCUUGAUUACUGAAGAUUUAUUUUGGCAGAGUAUCCGUACAUAUGUAAAGGACAACCAGCCUACUUUUUACUACCUUGUUGAAGUUAUAAAGAUCUUUUCGCCCAAUCAAACGUACGAUCUUACAAGGAAAGAAUUGAUUAUAAAGCGGCUAAUUGAUUCUUCAACAAAACGAAAAUAUUGUGCUGUAGUGAAAAUAAAACGAGAUUAUAGCAGCAAAGAGCUAAAUAUAACGAUGGAAAAUAAGAUGUGGAAGGAUUACAUACCUAAGUAUUAUCAUACGAUGUUGGGUGACUUUAUAAUAUUUAAUCUACACCAAUUUGGAUAUUAUCGAGUUAAUUACGAUAUCGAAAACUGGAGAAGAAUUACAAGUUAUCUAAAUUCUGAAAAUUAUAUGAAAAUACAUGUUCUGAAUCGUGCCCAAAUUAUCGACGACGCUUUCCACUUAAUGAUAACAAACCAACUUAAUUCCACUGUAUUCUGGAAUAUUACGAAAUAUCUGUCACGAGAAACAGACUACGUGGCAUGGUAUCCUAUGUUCAAAGCUUUAGAAUAUCUGUCCAAUAUCUUUCUAUUUCGGGAAAAAAUAUAUGAUGAUAUCAAGAGUUUAAGAAUGGAGGCUGCGAAAUGGGCAUGUAAUCUUGAUGGUGAAAAUUGCAUAAAAAAUGCCCGACUUAAUUUAAAUCGAUAUCUCGAAAAUCCCGAAAAUAACACGCUUUUGCCAUGGUGGAAAGAAUGGACAUAUUGUCAAGGUUUAAAAAUAUUGUACUAUUCUCUUAGCAAUGAAGAUUCUCCUUGGUGGGGAGUAUAUCGUCUGGAAAAAGAAAAAUUUAAAACUAAAUUUUUAAAAUAUCUGUCUUGCCCUCAGUAUUCACACUUUAUCAAACCCUAUUUAAAACUAAUAAAAAAUGAUAGUACAACAUCGAUUAUGUUUUUCAAAGAUUUUUCCGAUAAAGAUUAUAUUAAUUAUUUUCUUUUUACUAUCGCGAAGCAUGCCAAGAAUCCUGUAGUAUUCGACUUCAUAUUAGAAAAACUUGAGAACAUAAGACCCAGACAAAUCAGCGAGUAUGCAACAUUUACUGUAAUUAUUAAUCAUGUGUAUUCCACAGAUCAACUACAAAAGAUAAACAACUUCCUAAAAUAUAAAUUUAUUAAUGUAACGCAAGUUAAAUUAAAUGAAUGUAAAAAGUUAUGGUUUUUUGUGAAAGAAAGAAAUACUAAAGUAAAGACAAGCAACUUAACACAAUCAGCAGAACAUUUCACAUGUAUGCAGCAAUAUAUUUCAAAUAUUGAAAGCAAGAUACAAAUACGCUUUUUCGAAAUCCAAAGUCAACAGAAUUACUUUCAAAAUUUUGUCAAAUAUCCAGAGUUGGAAACGUUUUUAAAAAAAAGUAAUAAGUUACCGUUACCUGAAGUUACUAGCGAUAAGGAUUUACCGUUCCCGUUAGGGGAAGGUGUCACCGCUAGAAAGUUACCGCCACCGUUACCUAAUCCCCGCGACCCAAUAUGUCCGUCUUGUUUUGGCUAAAAAAGGAGAGCCUAAAAUUUCUGGAACCUAACCUAAUUCGU